UUUUUUUAAAAUAGAGAAGAUUGAAGGACAUAUUCUCUUGAAUUCCUAUUGGUUAAUUGGUUACCAAUGUUCAAGUUUCAUCUUACAUAAUUAGAAUCUUGGUUCCUUUUUAUAACAUUCAUAACCUUCUUGACGAUUUCAUUUGAUUCAUAAAAUCUAUUCACAUCAAAUAAAAAUGGCAUCUAACAAAUCAGAGAAACAAUUUAUGUUAUCAGAGAAUGAAUUUAAUCAAAUGGCAUAUGAUAAUACAGCAUUAAUGAAUCCACAAUAUAUUGAUGAUAUAGAUUAUAAAAGUGAAAUUCAACCAAUGAAUUCUCAACAAACAAAAUCAAAUCAAUUCAUGAAAAAUGCUGAUUCAGAUCGUUAUAGUUGUUGGAGUCGUUUUACACACUGUAUUCGGAGUGCAUGGGCAACAAGAUUAACUGAGGAUACAAUGGAUAAUAGAGAAUUAUAUAUACAUACAACAUUGAGAGAAUUAGUGAUUUAUAUAUUUUUCCUUAUUACCCUAAUGAUUGUUGCUUACGGACCAUUCAAUUCAAAUACUUAUUUAUUGACAAGCAGUAUGAACACUAUGUUUCUUCAAGCUCAAGUAACCAAUGGAACAGAUUCAUUAAGUACUGCUAGCUCACUUGAUGUUUUGUGGUCGGUAAUACAAGGUCCUAUUAUGAAUAAUUGGUAUAGUAAUACAUGGUAUAAUACGCAACCAUUUGCAACGGCAAAUAACUUAACCCUAUUAUAUCAGAAUCGUCUGAUUGGUGUGCCACGUUUAAGACAGCUUCGCAUGUCAUCGAAUUCGUGUAUAAUUCCAGUUUAUUUCGCUGAUGAUAUCAAAGAAUGUUAUGGACAAUAUCAAGAAGCGAAUGAAGAUAAAAAACCAUUUGGUUUAAAAAAUGGUACAGCUUGGACAUAUACAUCAUCUGAUCAAUUAGGUAUGUAUUCAUAUUGGGGUUUAGUUAGUUCUUAUGGAGGUGGAGGUUAUUAUGAAGAUUUAUCACGUGAUCAAACUGAAGCAGCAAGUCAACUUGAUAGAUUAUUUCAAAAUUUAUGGUUAGAUAGAGGAACUCGAGUUCUAUUUAUACAUUUUACAACGUAUAAUCCAAAUAUGAAUUUAUUUUCUGUUGUUGAGAUUGUUGUUGAAGUUCCUGCAUCAGGAAGUCUCGUCCUCAAUAGUGAUUUUAGAUCAGUUAAACUCUUGCGUUAUGUAACUCCAUUUGAUUAUUUUGUAUUAGCAUGUGAAUGUGCAUUCUUAUUAUUUAUCGCUUAUUAUAUAGUUGAAGAAAUUAUGGAAAUAAAGAAACAAGGAUGGAUUUAUUUUGUAUCUGUAUGGAAUUCAUUAGAUAUUAUUAUUAUUCUUAUUAGUAUUGUAUGUGCAGCAUUCAAUAUUUAUCGUACAAUAAUUGUAAUCAAUUUACUUGAAAGUAUAUUACAUAAUCCAAAUGAAUUUGCUAAUUUUCAAAUGUUAAGUAUAUGGCAAGUGAAUUUCAAUUUUGCUAUCUCUAUUACUGUAUUUCUAGCUUGGGUUAAAUUGUUUAAAUACAUCAGUUUCAAUAAAACAAUGACACAAUUAAGUUCAACACUUGGUAGUUGUGCAAAAGAUUUAGCUGGUUUCGCUAUCAUGUUCUUUAUUGUAUUCUUUUCAUUCGCACAACUUGGUUAUUUAGCAUUCGGUACACAAGCAAAAGAUUUCAGUUCAUUUAUUACAGUUGUUUAUACCCUAUUUCGUAUUAUAUUGGGUGAUUUUGAUUUUAAUGCAUUGGAAACAGCAAAUCGAGUGUUUGGUCCAAUUUAUUUUAUUGUUUAUGUAUUCUUUGUAUUUUUUGUACUUAUUAAUAUGUUUAUUGCAAUUAUCAAUGAAACUUAUUCAUCAGUUAAAUCAGAUUUAGAAAAACAACCAAAUGAAUUUGAAAUGAAAGAUUUUCUUAAAGAUAGAAUGAGAAGUAUGCUAGAAAAAUUAAAAAUUAAAAAGAAACGAAUUGAAAAUAUACAAAAUGCAAUGGAAUUGGCUGAUUUUAAUAAAGAUGGUAAAUUAGAAUAUACUGAAUUGUGGAAACAUUUGAAAACCAAAGGUUUUACUGAUGAAGAAAUAAAAAUGGUAUUUGAAAAUUUCGAUGAAAAUAAAGAUAACAUUUUAUCACAUACGGAACAGUUGAAAUUAAAAGCUUCACUAGAAGAACAAAAGAUCGCUUUAGUCAGUGAAUUAGCUAAAGAAGAACGCUUAAAUUUAGACGCGAAACAACCUGGAACAAGUCAAUCAAAAAUGGCACCGACUACACAAAUUAAAAUUGAUAUAAAGCAAGCUGAAUUUAUGCAAUUAUAUAAACGUGUUAAUCGUAUUGAAAAUGGUAUGGGUCAAGUUAUUGGACAUAUUGAAGAUGUGUUAAAAUCUUUAGCAACAUUGGAAAAGAUCAAAGUUAUACGCCGUGAAACAAUGACACAAUUUUUACAAACUAUUAUUUCAACUAGUCCACAAGACAGAGGUGAUCGAUUGGAUGAUAUUAUUCAAGCUGGUUUAGACAACAUGACUAGUACGGUUGAUCUACAACAUGAGUGAUAUCUCAUAGUUAUUUAAUUGGUAAAUGAAUUAUCUAUUUUACAUCUUCGUUGGUAAUCAAAUUGAAUUAUGAUCAUUUUAGAAGGAAGUUUUAGUGAUAGUUGUAUAC